AUGACCCGCUUGGAGCUUGAAUGGCAGGUCACUACCGGCUCCAUCAUCGGCUCUAAUCUUGGCGCUACCUCCUCGGCCACGGCGCUCGUCGCUAAAACUCAUGGCCAUAGCGGGAAACCUCGCAAGACCUGUUCGAACUGCAGCCUGACUGGCCACGAUGUCCUUGCGGCCAAGCGUGCUCGUCGUGACAAAGACCGUGGCAAGGCGCCCGCAGGCUCGAAGGUUCUUCGUGAUGCUGCUGGUCACGCAUUCAUGGUGUCCGAUGCCGGUGAGAUCCAUUAUGUCGAUACCUCCAUUACUGCUGCCUCUACUGCCACGCCUACUACUGAGUUUGCUGGCCUUGCUGUUGAUACUCCUGCUCCUGACGACCUUUGGGCUUCUGCGCCGCUCUCUCCGGCGGACGCGUUCGAAUACAGUGCGCUCACUGGCUCUCUCGUCGACGAAGAUACCGCGUCCAUCGACUGGGCUGCGGAUCCCGCCGCGUUCUCGGCCUCUUCCAAUCCUGCCGCUGCUCUUGGCGCCGCUCCCUUCUUCUUCGACUCUGGCGCCUCCGCCCACCUUUCCCCGUGCAAGGAGGACUUCUCUGAUCUUGUGCCCAUCGCUCCUCGUGGCAUUCGCGGGGUCAACGGCUCCGUCAUCUACGCACGUGGUGUUGGACGGCUUCGCGACGGUUGGGACUGGUUUACGCGGACUUAA